UCAACGUUAAAUGUUCAGGUGAUGUAUUACGCCCACAAGUUGAGACUACAAAUUGGAGGUAGCUUCUUUUAACUUAGCUAAAGGCUGUUUACUAGCUAACUAAGUUAGUAAUAUUUUAAAAAAGAUGUGUACAAACGUGGCCGCGGAGGAUACCUGCUGCUCUGAGUUUAUGGACUUAGAGAUUGACCCUUCGACAUGUAAUGGACUGAAACAGGAAAAACAACUUUCUGCCUCACAAAGGAGGUGCUACAGCCUCUGCAGGAGGAAGUCAUUUGCUGCUUUUGUGGCGUCCAAGAGGGACGGCAGGCAGGAGGAAGGAGGCUCAUCUUGGCUCUGCUGUAGCCAGACUUUCAGGGAACACUCUGCUAUUCACAAACAUGUCGCCAGGACUCAUGACGGUGAAAUAAAGCAGCUCACGCAGGCCGCAUACGGGCAUUUGUUAAACCAGCUGGAAGAAGAAGCUGAAACACAGCAGCCGGACGAGUGCGAGGCCGAGCCGGUGGACAUUUCUGUGUGGAUACCUGAAACAAGUCAUGUCUCUGAGGAGCAGCUUCAGAAGGGUCCGGGAAAGGUUCUGCUCUAUUAUCGCUACUGUCAAGUGAAGGAUCCCCAUGUCAUCUGUGCUUGGCAGAAAGCUUUAUGUGAGAAGCUCCACUUAACUGGCAAGGUGAGGGUGGCGACUGAAGGCAUCAAUGGAACAGUUGGGGGCACCAGCGUGGCGACUGACGUUUACAUCGACGCUAUGCGUUCACACCCUCUCUUCAAGAUGGACAAAGAGGAUUUUAAGACAAGUGAAGGCAGCGCAGAGUGUUUUAAAGACCUGAGGGUCGGCGUCUAUAAGGAAAUCGUCCCAAUGGGAGUAGAUCCUGAAAUGAUUUCCUACCAACUGGCAGGAGUUCAUUUGGAGCCGCAGGAGUUUCAUAAAGAAGUGGAGGCUCUUUUGGCGAAAGGGGAUUUGUGCAGUGACACUGUCCUCCUGGACUGCCGCAACUUUUAUGAGAGUAAAAUUGGGCAGUUCACUCAGUGUUUGGCCCCGAGCAUCCGUAAGUUCAGCUACUUCCCGGAUUACAUCGACCAGAACCUCGAACUGUUCAGAGACAAGAAGGUGUUGAUGUACUGCACCGGAGGGAUCCGCUGUGAGCGCGGCUCCGCUUACCUCCGCUCCAAAGAUGUGUGUAAAGAGGUUUACCAGCUGAAAGGAGGAAUCCACAAAUAUCUGGAACAGUUCCCAGAGGGUUUCUAUCGAGGGAAACUUUUUGUGUUUGAUGAACGUUACGCCAUCUCCUCCAACAACGACGUCAUCUCAGACUGCAGGUACUGCGGUUCUCCCUGGGACCAGUACGAGCUCUGUUCCACUCAGUUCUGCUGUCAGCUGGUUCUGUCCUGUCCCGGCUGCAGACAGGAUGGACACACCGCCUGCUGUCCCACCUGCCAAACCAAAGGACAGGCUCAGAGUGAGGCGUCCCCUGCUGUCUCCUCGCAUCACAAAGAGGAGUGCGAGUGCACUGACGGACGUCCCAGAAUCCCUCAGGAUGUGUAGAGAGGUUAUUAUUGGACAUCAGUGCCAUAAGAAAUAACGUUGCCUGUCCGCGGUUAUAAAUAAGAAGUAUAUUUUAAAGUGAUUAAAUGAUUUUUUUUAUAUGAAUUUUGGGAAGUCAGAUUAACUUUAUCUAAGAAGUUUUAUUCAUCCAUGAGUCUGAAAACAGAUAAUAAAACUGUUUAUUGAUAUUUUAUUGAGAAAAUGUAAGAAUACAUUUGCAGAAUCUGUGAGAUUUAUUACAUGACUUUUGUGA